AUGGGAGACUUCGCCACGUCUCCAGCCCUCCUCGUUUCUCAACCGGGCUUGGGACCUGCAACGGCGGAGUUUAGAGGAUUUCCGUUUAAUCCGCUUUUGCGAUCAGACGAUUACCUGUAUAUCGAACAAGCGGCCAAAGAAGCAUUUGGUUCCAUUGAAGACGAACGUCUAAAAGGUUCCUAUCAUCCUUUGGAUGAGCUGAAAGAAGAGACGAAGAAGGAUUCCUUCAGCUCUAUGAAAUUUACGUUUAUCAUUUGGGUCAACGGUGAAGAUAAUUUGCGGUUUAUAAGUAUGCAGAAAGACGGAAAUAUCAAAGAAGCAUUCCAGCGGUUGACCGAUGGCGUCAAAGUGUGUGGUAAAAUUCCUACCAUAAUCUUGCAUUAUGGCUGGCUGACUUUCGAUCCUCGAAACCUUGGCUCGACCGUACGAGCAUCGGCAUUUGUAAAGUUGCCGCAGCUAAGUAGCAGAAGCGAUUUUAAAAAAGUCUGCGAAGAACAUAAUAUAGAUGUAUGUAAAAUGGACGGAUCAGUAUGCCACGUCAGCAAUCAUCAGGUGCUUGGGGUGACCGAGUUCGAAGCCGUUAAACAGUUGUACGAUGGGCUGAAGGUUUUGCUUGAAAUCGAAAAAAGCAAACCGUGA